AUGGAUGCAAGCGGUGAUAUUGGCGCCAAGCGCAAGCGCAGUGCUGUCGCCAGUGCUGCGGAGCGGCCGGUCAAGCACCUAAAGCCCGAGGGCACGGCGCUAACCCCCGGAGACUCUACCCCGGCGAAUGGAACGGUAUACGACAUCGAGGAGGACGAUGAGACUGGUCGCAUGAUGGCUGUUGGCCCUGCGCAAGCAGACUCGCCCGAGUGGCAGGCCACCAUUGAGUCGGUGGUCAAGAGCGUCGUGUCUAUCCACUUCUGCCAGACCUGCUCCUUUGACACCGAGCUCUCCAUGAGCAGUCAGGCGACUGGUUUCGUCGUUGAUGCUGAGCGCGGAUACAUCUUGACAAAUCGGCAUGUAGUAGGCGCUGGUCCAUUCUGGGGAUACGUCAUCUUCGAUAACCACGAGGAGUGUGACGUCCGUCCAGUCUAUCGAGACCCCGUUCACGAUUUCGGCAUCCUUCAAUUUGAUCCCAAGGCGAUUCACUAUAUGACCCUCACGGAACUCAAGCUUCAGCCGGACGCAGCUCGGGUCGGCGCUGAGAUUCGCGUAGUCGGUAACGAUGCAGGCGAGAAGCUGAGCAUUCUGUCGGGUGUGAUCAGUAGAUUGGACCGGAAUGCACCAGAGUAUGGCGAGGGAUACAGUGACUUCAACACAAACUACAUCCAGGCGGCGGCUGCUGCCAGUGGUGGUAGUUCCGGAAGUCCUGUCGUCAACAUCGACGGCAACGCGGUCGCUUUGCAAGCUGGUGGACGAGCUGAUGGUGCUGCAACCGACUAUUUCUUACCGCUAGACCGCCCCCUUCGUGCCUUAGAAUGUAUCCGUCAGAGCAAGCCCGUCACUCGAGGCACCAUUCAGACCCAGUGGAUUCUCAAGCCUUUCGAUGAGUGCCGUCGUCUAGGCUUGACUCCUGAGUGGGAGGCAGCUGUGCGUAAAGCAGCACCCACCGAGACCAACAUGCUUGCAGCUGAAAUCAUCCUGCCUGAGGGACCUGCAGACGGCAAGAUUCUUGAGGGCGAUGUGUUGCUGCAAGUGAAUGGAGAGCUUUUGACUCAAUUUGUUCGUCUUGACGAUAUUUUGGACUCCAGUGUGGGCAAGACGGUAAAUUUGCUGGUGCAAAGAGGGGGAGAAAACGUUGAGGUGGAAUGUGAUGUUGGCGACCUUCAUGCCAUCUCCCCUGAUCGAUUUGUUACUGUGGCCGGAGGUACCUUCCAUGACCUUUCAUACCAACAAUCUCGCCUCUAUGCCAUCGCCACCCGCGGUGUGUACGUAUGUGAAGCGGCUGGUUCCUUCAAACUAGAGAACACGCUAUCGGGGUGGAUCAUUGAUUCGGUUGACAAGCGGCCAACUCGAAACUUGAAUGAGUUCGUCGAGGUUAUGAAGACCAUUCCGGACCGCGCACGAGUUGUCAUUUCAUAUCGUCAUAUUAGAGACCUUCACACCAAGGGGACUAGCAUCAUCUACGUCGACCGUCACUGGCAUCCGAAGAUGCGUUUGGCUGUUCGUAAUGAUACCUCUGGUAUCUGGGACUUCUCAGAUCUCGCGGACCCGAUUCCGGCUGAGCCACCUGUUCCCCGCAAGGCGGACUUCAUCCAGUUGGACGGUGUGAGCCAGCCUGCUGCUGCAGAGAUUGUCCGCAGCUUCGUGCGGGUCUCUUGUACCAUGCCUUUGAAGCUCGAUGGAUAUCCUCAGGCCAAGAAGACCGGUUUCGGCCUGGUCAUUGAUGCCGAGAAGGGUCUGGUCGUGGUGUCGCGAGCGAUUGUCCCCUAUGAUCUCUGCGACAUCAACAUCACAGUCGCCGAUUCGGUCAUCGUCACUGCCAGCGUUGUCUUCCUGCACCCGCUUCAGAAUUAUACAAUUAUCCAAUAUGAUCCCAAGCUAGUUGAUGCGCCUGUUCAGAGCGCCCGACUCAGUACCGACUAUAUCAAGCAGGGACAAGACACCAUAUUUGUCGGCUUCAACCAGAACUUCCGCAUCGUUGUGGCUAAGACAGCCGUCACCGAUAUUACCACUGUCUCCAUCCCCGCCAACGCUUCCGCCCCCGCUACCUGCACCAACGGUGUUCUGAUUGGGGAGGAUGGGGUGGUGCAGGCAUUGUGGCUUAACUACCUCGGCGAACGCACACCCAGCUCUCACAAGGAUGUCGAGUACCACCUUGGUUUCGCCACGCCGUCGUUGCUUCCGGUCACUUCCAAAAUUCAACAGGGUCUCACUCCGAAGCUGCGCAUUUUGAACAUGGAAAGCUAUGUCGUGCAAAUGAGCCAGGCACGCAUUAUGGGCGUCUCUGAAGAGUGGAUCCAGAAGGUCGCGCAGGCUAACCCCUCUCGACACCAACUUUUCAUGGUGCGCAAGGUUGACUGCACGCCGGUGAUUUUUACUGCCACUGAGGGUAUCGAUAGCUUCCAAGAAGCCGACAUUAUCCUGACUUUGGAUGAGCAGCUCAUCACCCGCGUCUCGGAGCUGGACAUGAUGUAUGAGAAGGAUUUCCUGGAUGCCUUGAUCGUUCGAAACGGUCAGGAGAUGCGCAUCCGAGUUCCCACUGUUCCCACUGAAGACCUUGAGACUGACCGUGCUGUCGUCUUCUGCGGUGCUGUCCUGCAGAAGCCCCAUCACGCUGUUCGGCAACAAAUUUCCAAGCUCCACAGUGAGAUUUACGUGAGCGCUAGAAGCCGCGGCUCUCCUGCGUACCACUAUGGUCUCGCCCCGACUAACUUCAUCACUGCUGUAAACGGUGUCCCGACACCCAAUCUCGAUAGCUUUGUCAAGCAAGUUGCUCAGAUUCCGGACAACACAUACUUCCGUCUUCGUGCCGUUACCUUCGACAAUGUUCCGUGGGUAGUGACUAUGAAGAAGAACGAUCACUACUUCCCCAUGUCCGAGUAUCUCAAAGAUCCCUCUGUCUCCGCGGGUUGGCGCACCAUCCCCCACGACAAGUCAGCCGACAAGCUCGGCAUCUCUUCCGACGCUGCGAAUCUGAACCCUGACGCCAUGGACGAGGGCGGGGAUGGUUGUGCUAGCGACAUGGAGCCCGACAUGGAGUAG